AUGACUGAGACAUGGUUCUGCAUAUGCUGGUGUGGUGGCACCGGCUUCAUCGCCUCGCACAUCCUCGAUCACCUCCUCGAAUGCGGCUUCGACGUGGUAGUGACCGCCCGCUCGCAAGCCAAAGGCGAAAGGAUUCUCGCCUCCAUUGCCAAUGCUCCUAACGUGGUCAGCAGCGUCGGCUGCAAGGUGACCUACGCCGUAGUAGACGAUAUUGCUCAACUGGGAGCUUUUGAUGAGGCCAUCCAAUCCAACGCUCCCAUCCACUACGUCAUCCACACCGCCUCCCCCUACCAACUCUCCUUCUCCGACCCCCUAAACGAUUGUCUCCUCCCCGCCAUGAACGGCACCAUCUCCCUCCUGACUUCUCUGCAGCAACACGCCUCCCCUUCUUUGGCAAGGGUAGUCUUCACCUCCAGCAGCGCCGCCAUCCUCAAUCCACCCAACCACCGCGACGUGUACGAUGAAUCGUCCUGGCCCGAUGACGAGACGCUGAACUGGGACAUCGCCAAAGAUCCCAACGCCCCUGGUGACACGACCUACAGAGCGAGCAAGAAGUAUGCGGAGAAAGCAGCGUGGAAGUUCAUGGACGAGCAUAAGCCCAGUUGGGACCUGGCGACGAUUAACAACACUUACACGUUUGGGCCGCUGCCGAGGAGCUUGGAGGUUAAGAACGGAGAGGAGUUGAAGGUGAAUACUUCCAACGAGCGAAUCGUCGAUUGCCUCACUGGCAAAUGGCAUGACAAAAUCCCGCCCACUGCACCAGUCUUCACUUUCGUGGACGUGCGGGACGUAGCAGUGGCCCAUGUUCGGGCGAUGACCAGACCCGAGGCCGGAGGAAAGCGGUUUUAUGUCGUUGGUGGGCUCUUCAGCAACCCAAGGAUUGCCAGUGUGAUCCAUGGUAUGAGUCGGGCCAACAGUAUUGGUUAUGAAGGCCCGCAGAUCGAGAAGGGAACGGAUGUCGAAGUUUGUCAAGAUUGUUUGAUGUACGAUGAUUUCCCGUACAAUACUCACUGGUCGUUUGAUAACACCAGGAGCAAGGAAGUGUUGGGGUUGGAGUAUAGAAAGUUGGGUGAGAGCGUGGUGGACACUGUUAAGAGCUUGAAGGGGAUGGGAAUUGGGAUGGAUGUUUUGCGGAUUGAUGGACAUUGCCAGAGAACCACUCAGGGUAUCAAGGUAGAGUAG